CAAAAUCCCGUGACCUCCACUCUCUCGUUUCUCCCUCCUACUCUCCCUCAGCUCUCUCUAGCUCGUCAAAAAAACACUCCUCCGUCAGACAUUUUGAUCUGAUUCCGGAGUAUAUUUUUUCACUUUGAUUAACUUUACUUAGUUCGUGCCACGAAGACAACUUGAGACCUUCAAUAAAUUAAUGUGAUGGAGAGAUUUAUGGAGCCACUGUAACAUCUAAUUAGACACUGUCCUGCAUUUUGUCGGGAAACGACGUUCGAUAUGGCACAAAACUUGAGAUCGAGCAGGUCAUCAUUUGGCUCUAGCAAUGGAUUUGAAGCCCCUUCAAACAGCUCUUUGUCCAUAUCAAACGCGGAAGAUUAUGAUUCCGAUGGUUCUAACUUUGCCCCGCCUACGCCGAAUACUCUGUCUUCAGUUAUGCCGCCCGAACUUGCUGGUGCUAUACCAUUGAUUGACAAGAUCCAGGUAGAGGGGUUUUUGAGGGCUAUGCAGAAGCAGAUACACUCGGCCGGUAGACGUAGUUUCUUCUCUAAAAAGACAGUGGGCACUCAAGUUAGACAGAAGUUUAAUAUUGAGGACAUGUUGUGCUUCCAGAAGGAUCCUAUUCCAACCUCAUUGCUGAAGGUGAAUAGUGAUCUCGCUAGCAGAGCUGUUAAAUUGUUCCAGGUUAUCCUUAAGUAUAUGGGGGUUGAUUCUUCUGAACGAGUCACUCCGGCUAGCUUAGAUGAACGCAUUGAGCUUAUCAGCAAACUAUACAAGCAUUCUUUGAAGCGCUCAGAACUCCGGGAUGAGCUUUUUAUGCAAAUCUCGAAGCAGACAAGAAAUAAUCCCGACAGUGAGUUUAACUGGGUUUUAGGAACUUAUAUUUUGCGGGUUUAUGGAAUUUUGUUGUUCCACAUUGCUCGAUUCUGUGUGGGUUACAUUAUGCUUUGUCAUAACAGGCGCUCAUUGAUUAAGGCAUGGGAACUUAUGUAUUUAAGUGCGUCCUGCAUGCCUCCUGGAAAGGAAAUUGGUGGCUAUUUGUCCGAAUAUGUGCAUACUGUGGCACAUGGUGGCAGUAAUGAUACCGAAGUUCAAGUCCUUGCUAUGAAUACAUUAAAAGCAUUAAAGCGGUCUGUGAAGGCCGGACCUAGGCAUACAAUACCCGGACGUGAGGAGAUUGAAGCAGCUUUGACUGGUAAAAAGCUUACGACUAUAGUGUUCUUCUUGGAUGAAACCUUUGAAGAGAUUACAUACGACAUGGCCACGACUGUAGUUGAUGCCGUUGAGGAGCUUGCUGGAAUAAUCAAACUAUCAGCAUAUUCCAGCUUCAGUUUGUUCGAGUGCCGUAAGGCUGUUGUUUCAAAAUCACCUGACCCUGGAAAUGAGGAGUAUAUUGGUUUAGAUGAUAAUAAGUAUAUUGGUGAUCUACUUGCGGACUUUAAGGCGUCAAAGGACAGGAGUAGAGGAGAGAUUUUGCAGUGUAAACUUACAUUUAAAAAGAAAUUGUUCCGGGAGUCUGAUGAAGCUGUUACAGACCCGAUGUUCGUGCAGUUAUCAUAUGUCCAACUGCAACAUGAUUAUAUGUUGGGCAAUUAUCCGGUUGGAAAGGAUGAUGCUGCACAGUUAUCGGGUCUGCAAAUAUUGGUUGAAGUUGGAUAUGUUGUUUCUCCAGAGACAUGCACUGAUUGGACGUCCCUUCUGGAAAGAUUCCUCCCGAGACAAAUUGCAAUUACUCGAGCAAAAAGAGACUGGGAAUUAGAUAUUCUUUCUCGUUACCGCUCAAUGGAGAAUUUGACAAAAGAUGAUGCGAGACAACAAUUCUUACGGAUCUUGAGAACGCUUCCUUACGGGAACUCAGUGUUCUUUGCUGUCCGUAAGAUUGAUGAUCCCAUUGGACUCUUGCCAGGCAAAAUUAUUUUAGGCAUUAAUAAGCGUGGGGUUCAUUUCUUCCGUCCGGUGCCAAAAGAAUAUCUACAUUCGGCUGAGUUGAGGGACAUAAUGCAAUUUGGAAGCAGUAAUACUGCUGUUUUUUUCAAGAUGAGAGUUGCUGGUGUCUUGCAUAUAUUUCAAUUUGAAACAAAGCAGGGGGAGGAAAUCUGUGUGGCCCUUCAGACACAUAUAAAUGAUGUGAUGUUACGGCGCUACUCCAAAGCACGUGCUGCUGCUCAUGGUUCAAUUAACGGAAACUCCCCUGAUAUUGUUCGACCUACUAUAGACAUCAAUGAGAAACGUGUUUCAAACUUGUCAAAAUCUCUUGAAGAAUCAGAGAAUAAAGUCAAUCAAUUGCAAGAGCAGUUGCAUGAAAAGCAAAAUCAAGAACUGAAAAUGAAAGAAGAUUUUGAGAGUUUGAAGGGCAUGCUGCGGUCUGAGAAAAGAUAUUUGGAAGAAGUCAUUUCUGAACGUGACAAAUUGCGAGCUUCAUGUGAGGACAAAGAAUCGGCACUUCAGGCCGCAUUGUUGGAGAAACAAAACCUAGAAGAGAAGUUUGCAAAGCUGAAUGGUCAAGGAUUGGGGAGCAAUAUCAAGAAAGAGUUGGUCGAAACAAACAAUCUGGUUUUGCGUAAGACUCAGGGUGAACUAAAAGCACGCAGUGCAGAGUUGCUUGUGGUAGAAGAAUCCAAAAGGAAAAUUGUAAAUGAGAAGACAUUACUCGAAGAAAGAUUUUCGAGACUUGAGAAGAAGUAUACUGAUGAGAUUGCUCUUAUUGAGAAACGGUUUGAACAUGAACGCAAGACUAUGAAGCAUCAGAUUAUCGAGCUUGAAAAGAAGUUGGAAGAAACCACACAAAACUUAAUCGUCGCACAAUCUGCUAUUGCCAUCAAAGACAAAGAUUUAUGUGCCUUGCAAAAUAAUCUCAAGGAACUUGAAGAGCUUAGAGAAAUGAAAGAGGAUAUCGACAGGAAAAAUGAGCAAACCGCUGCAAUAUUGAAGAUGCAAGCGGCUCAAUUAGCUGAGAUGGAGGCACUGUACAAGGAGGAACAAGUUAUGAGAAAACGGUAUUUUAACAUGAUGGAAGACAUGAAGGGCAAAAUACGUGUAUAUUGUCGAUUAAGACCCCUAAGUGAAAAGGAAAUAUAUGAAAAGGAGAAAAAUGUUCUUGCAAAUGUUGAUGAGUUUACUGUAGAGCACACAUGGAGAGACGAUAGAGUGAAGCAACACAUGUACGAUCAUGUUUUUGAUGGUCAAGCCUCACAAGAGGAUUACUUGGUACAAUCAGCUGUUGAUGGAUACAACGUGUGCAUAUUUGCCUAUGGGCAAACUGGUUCAGGAAAAACAUUCACAAUAUAUGGAUCUGAGAGUAACCCUGGGCUCACUCCACGAGCAAUAGCUGAACUCUUCAGAAUUAUAAAACAUGAUAGUAAAAAGUUUUCUUUUAGUUUGAAGGCAUACAUGUUGGAAUUAUAUCAAGACACCCUAAUUGAUCUCUUGUUGCCAAAGAAUGCUAAGCGUUUGAAAUUGGAAAUAAAAAAAGAUUCAAAGGGUAUGGUGGUUGUGGAAAAUGUAACAAUGUUAUCGAUUACAUCAUUUGAGGAGUUGAGAAGUAUUAUUGAGAGAGGAUCUGAACAACGGCAUACAGCUGGAACCUUGAUGAAUGAACAAAGCUCAAGAUCACAUUUGAUACUCUCUGUUGUUGUUGAGAGUACAAAUCUUCAAACUCAAUCUGUUGCCAGAGGGAAGCCUUUUGCUUUAAUACCCUUUGCUCAAACUUCUAAGGAAAUUUCAGGAAAGGACUGUGACCAUUUUUCAGUAUUAUUUGUUACACCUGUUUUGCUUCAUUCAAGUCCUUUUGCUUUAAUCCUCGUGCAGCUAAGCUUUGCAGAUCUUGCCGGGUCCGAAAGGGUGAAAAAAUCGGGCUCUUCUGGUAGUCAGCUAAAAGAAGCCCAAAGCAUCAACAAAUCACUUUCUGCUCUUGGAGACGUUAUCAGCGCUUUGGCUUCCGGCAGUCAACACAUUCCGUAUAGAAACCACAAGUUGACGAUGUUGAUGAGUGAUUCACUUGGCGGUAAUGCCAAAACACUAAUGUUUGUAAAUAUAUCUCCUGCCGAGUCGAAUCUGGACGAGACCUACAACUCUUUAACGUAUGCUUCCAGAGUUCGGUCAAUUGUGAAUGAUCCGAGUAAAAAUGUUUCAUCCAAGGAAGUGGCUCGUCUGAAGAGGCUGGUGGCCUAUUGGAAAGAGCAAGCUGGUCAAAGGGGUGAUGACGAGGACUUGGAAGAAGUCCAGGAAGAACGAGUCCCUAGAGAAAAGUCCGAUGGGCGACAUACAAUGUGAGUGGUAUUUGAAAUUGACAUGAUUUUCCAGUCUUCCCUAAGAUGUCUGACUUCUCUUGAUUAUAAGGGCGUAGGAUAAAGUUUUGAGAGAUGUCCUCUAGCGUGCCUGAAAAUUUUGCUGUGGCACGAGGUGUUUUACUUCGAGGGGUUCUGACUGAUUUGUACAGUGUGUGUAUUUGUAUAUGGUAAUUCAGAUUAUUAUUGGCAAUAUGUGAAAUUGCAUUAAUNCGUUUUAAAUUAGUUUGAUUCGAUUCAGCAUGUAAAUUUUGUU